AUGGUUACUGGAGGUGCACGAGGCAAAACAGAAAAAGAACUUCUCAAUCUUCUACAAGUUCCGUCUCGUGACAAAUUGGAUCCAUUAGUUAAGCAACUAAUGAGUAUUAGCCGUCUACCUGAAAUCAAAUUGGCUAAUCGGCUCUACCCAGAUGACGAUUUUCCGAUUCUACCCACCUUUAAAAACCGAUUGCAAAAGCUUUAUAACAGUACACUAGUAUCCGUUGAUCUUAAUGCAAAAGAUGCUACGCCUGCUAUCGAUGAAAUCAAUACAUGGGUGUCUAAUCAAACCGGCGGUCAUAUCAAGAAGGCAUUAGACAAAAAUGAUCUUGCUAGAAAUAAAUCAACCACAAUGAAUGCUCUUCUAAUGAUCAACUGUCUGUUAUUUGAUGCAAAAUGGCAAAGAGGAUUUCAAGGACAAAACACCAGAGAUGGCAAUACAUUCUAUCCAGAUAUAGGUCCACCACAAGAGAAAAAACUUACCUUAAUGAUGCGAAAUGGUUUGUUUCCUUACGUUGAUUUAACAUCGGAAAUUGGUGCUCGAAUGAUUCAUUUACCAUUUGAAAAUAACGAUCUAAUCUUUACUAUUGUUCUACCAAAUAAAGGUAUUACAUUAUCUCAAGUUGAAUCAAAUCUCACUUCGGUAUUACUCAAUUCACCGACUACUACUAAUCAUAAUGUAUUUGUUUGGAUACCAAAAUGGAAAUUUGAAUUCGAAAUGGCUACGUCUAUUGUACGAAUCAUGUUAUCGACUAGUUCACGACCGGAUAUCCAAUUUCUUUGUAAUAAACCAUUUCUCUAUGCAAUUCGAUACAAACAGACAACAUUGUUUAUGGGACGAUAUGUCAAAGUGAUUGACACGAGCAAUAUGCCACCAAUCAUCGAUGGCGGACGUGGUUAA